CACGGCCGCUCGCGGGGCACCAUGGGAGAAUCCCAAUGUUUUCCAACGGAUGCGCUCAGCAGCGCGGCGGCUUGAGGCGACUCCGGGAGCGACGCUCGGGGGUGCGUCCCGGGAGGGGACGUCCCGGGAGGGGGCGGCGGGGGGCCGGGCCGGCGGCCCGCGCCCCGGCUCUUCCCCACCCCGCCAGGCAGCAUGGCCCACCCGCCCUGAGGCGUCCGAAGCUGCCCCCUGAGUGCCCGGUGCCGGCGGAGCGCCCCGCCGCAGCCUGCCCACGGCGCCGGGGAAGAUGCUGCCGCGGCUGGUCUUCCCCGGCUGACGCCCCGUCGCCGCCGCCGCCGCAUCCCCGUCCCCAUUGUCCCCCGGCCGCCUCCGGCUCCAUGAGCGCCUCCUCCUCCCCCCGCCUCUGAGCUUCCCGCCCUCCACCUCAUGGCUGCGUCGGAAGAAGGGACCGGCUGCUUUCUCCCCCGAGGCAGGUCGCAGAGUGACCCCAGCAUCCUCACCGACCCCGCGGGCCCCGGCGCCGGGGAGCACCCAGAUGAGAUGGAGCAGUCCCCUGCAAUGCGUUCUGACUACUUGGUCUCAGGGAUUCGAACUCCGCCAGUGAGGAGGAACAGCAAACUGGCAACACUGGGCAGGAUCUUCAAACCAUGGAAGUGGCGGAAAAAGAAAAACGAGAAGCUAAAGCAGACAUCUGCAGUGCUGGAGAAGAAGAUGACAGCACGGCAAGGUCGGGAUGAACUCAUUAAGAAAGGCCUUCUGGAGAUGAUGGAACAAGAUACCGAAGGCAAAGCCUGCACUGUUGACGAUGCCACGAGAGCAACGCAGAGUGACCCUCCACCUCCCGUGUGCCAGGCACUUGCCUCAGAAGACGUGCAGCAAGAGAGUAUAAUAGCAGCUACAACGAAUGUGACCUCGUUUGGUGAGGAGCUGCAUUUGGAUGAGCUGAAAGAAGAUGCAGCCAAGAAACCUUCAGCACCCACGGAAGAAUUAGAAGAUGCCAGCCUGCCAGCAUCUGAAGACAGUCCACAAGCCUUACUUGUAUGUGAAUCCACAGAUUCCCCCCAGAAACAGACAGAAAGAAACCCAGCACAGCUUCCCAGCCCUCCGUUGCUCCCAGCUCCACCACCUAAGGCAAUCUCCAAAAUCACAAAGAGCGUAACAGCAGGAAGUGAAAUAGAUGACCCAGCCAUGAAAUCUCCUCCUUCCACCAUCCUGAAGAAUUAUGUCAUUGUUGGUUCCUCUCAAAUCUCAGGACAAGCUGCCCUCUUCCAUCCCUCUGGCCAGAAAAGUUCAGAUCCCCAUGUCAGAGGACAGGUAACAACGCCAACCGGUUCCCCUCACUUGGCUGCCAUCCACCUGCCUUUACCUCCCAGCAGAGUCAUUGAAGAACUCCACAGGGCUCUGGCCACCAAACACCGGCAGGACAGCUUCCAUGGAAGAGAAAGCAAAGGCUCUCCAAAAAAAAGAGUGGAUGUCCGUCCAUCCAGAACAUCUAGCAUUGAGCGCAACAAAGAAAAGGAGAACUCACUGAGUUACAGCAGUGAUUCAGAAAAUAAGCGGAACUCAGUUAAAGAGUCGGAUGAGAACAAAGAAAACAUGAUCAUGAACUCAGAGCUCAAGGAAGACUCUGUUUUUUAUCAGGAUGAGGAAGUUUUGAAUGACUCCAUUAUUUCUGGUACUUUGCCAAGAAAAUGCAAGAAAGAACUGCUGGCAGUAAAACUACGAAACAGACCAAGUAAGCAGGAGCUGGAAGACAGGAAUAUUUUCCCAAGGAGGACAGAUGAGGAAAGACAGGAAAUCCGGCAGCAAAUUGAAAUGAAACUCUCAAAGCGACUCAGCCAAAGACCUGCUGUUGAGGAGCUAGAGAGAAGAAAUAUACUUAAACAACGAAAUGAUCAAACAGAACAGGAAGAAAGAAGGGAAAUCAAACAGAGACUGACAAGAAAGCUUAACCAGAGACCUACAGUUGAUGAACUAAGAGACAGAAAAAUCCUGAUUCGAUUCAGUGAUUAUGUGGAGGUGGCAAAAGCACAGGACUACGACAGGCGAGCAGAUAAACCGUGGACAAGACUAUCAGCAGCAGAUAAGGCAGCAAUUCGGAAAGAGCUAAAUGAAUACAAAAGUAAUGAAAUGGAGGUACAUGCAUCAAGCAAACAUUUGACAAGAUUUCACAGGCCAUAGAAAUUUUCUUCUGAGAAGAAUCUGUCUUUACUUUUUUGAUAUUGCUGCUGAACACACAUCAGGGAAUAUAUAAGUCUUUCCCUAAAGUUCAGUCCAGGGUACCUUGAUGUUUAUGUGAAAGAAGGACUCUGCAGAUGAAGUCUCUGCAGCACUUCCGUACAGAAAGAAACACCAGAGAUGUACUUCGCUCUGAAGUCAGAAGAGUGGUGGCCUGUGGAGUGGGACGAUCUGCUGAAAAAGACUGAAGUAAAGCUACUUGAAAGAACCUACUACUCUCCUUUAACACUUGUUUUAAACUGUUUUGCAGUCUAUCUUGGAAAAGGAGAUGUUGUGCAUGUACAGGCUUUACCAUUCCAAGGCCUCUGACAUAAAUGGACAUGACACACUGUCAUUCAGUAUUAUGUUGACAAGACAUUUUGAACUUACCACAAUUAGUUUGUAAAACACUUAAGUUCAUGUUCUAAAAACUAAUUUAAUGUAUUAUAAUUUCAUUCUUUUUUAUAUAAUGUCUAACAGAAUCACAGCUGCAAGCAUUUUUGAUUCCUGUUACUUUUGUUCUUUAAUUAAAUGACUACUUAUUGCAGGAAAUGAA